AUGGCGGCGCUGGUAACGCCUGAGGCCGCGGCGCCCCGAGGCCCGACAGAGGCCGGGGAGACGACCGAGGCGGCGGAGCUGAGCCGCUCCCUGAGCCGCCUGCUGCCCGGGCUGGAGGCCGACAGCAAGCUGGGCCGGCGGCGCGCUCUGGAGGCGCUGCAGCGGGUGCUGGAGGCGGCGCAGCCCGAGGCGCCCGACGCCGACCCCGACGCCGCGGCCGCGGCCUUCCAGGGCCCGUGGGUGCACCUGCUGCUGCCGCGCCUGCUGCGCCUCCUGGCUGACCCGGCCGAGGGCUGCCGCGCGCUGGCCGUGCACCUGCUGGGGCUGGGCCUGCGGCGCGCCGCGCGGCCCCGCGACGCCCUCCCGCGCCUGCUACCCGCGCUCGCCGCGCGGUUGGCCAGCCCCGAGCCCGCGCGCCGCCCGCCGCCCGAGGCCUGCGAGGAGCUGCGCCUGGCGCUCGUGCAGCUGCUCGGCCUGGCCGUGCGCCUGAGCGGCGCCGCGUUCGCGCCGCACCUGGACGACGCGGUGCGCGCGCUGCGCUGCACGCUGCUCGACCCCUUCGCCGCCGUGCGCCGCGAGAGCUGCGAGUGCGCCGCCGGCCUGGCGCGCGCCACGCCAGACCACUUCCACAUGCAGUCGGAGUCCCUGGUCGGCCCCCUGAUGCAGGCCAUCUCCCACCAGCACUGGAGGGUGCGCGUAGCUGUCAUCGAGGCCACCGGCGCGACGAUCCAGUUCGGCAGCGGGAAGUCGGUGGAUGACGUCCUUCCGCACUUGGCUCAGCGGCUCUUUGACGACGUUCCCCAGGUGCGCCAGGCAGUGGUGCGCGUGGUCGGGGGCUGGCUGCUGAGCCUGCGGGACCGGUGCUCCCUCCUCCACAAGCUCAUCCCGCUCCUGCUGAGCGGCCUCCACGACGAGAUCCCCGAGGUCGCGUGCGAGGCCAGGAGCCUCUGGGAGCAGGUCGGCCUGCAGUGGCAGACGGAGAACGAGGACGACCUCAAGGACAAGCUGGACUUUGCCAGCCCUCCCCCGGCCCACCACCCCUCACCAGGGAGCCGUCCGGGGCUGGGCUGCCGAGAGCUCGUGUUCAGAAACUUCUCCAAGAUCCUCCCCGCCAUCUGUCACGACAUCGCUGACUGGGUGCCGGGCACCAGGGUGAAGUCGGCGCAGCUGCUGGCCGAGCUGCUGCUGCACGCUGAGGACCACAUCACGCAGCACCUGGAGCCCGUGCUGCGCGCCCUGCUCCACGCCUGCGCUGACGAGGAGGCGGCCGUGGUCCGCAGCUGCACGAGGUCUGCAGAGCUGGUCGGCACCUUUGUCAGCCCGGAGGUGUUUCUGAAGCUGAUCUUGCCAGCGCUGAGGAAGUCGCCCUCGCCCUCCAGCCUCCUGGUCCUCGCCUCCCUCAUCCGAGGCUGCCCGAGGGAGGCUCUGCGGCCACACGUGAAGGUCAUCGCCUUGGAGCUGGCGCAGGCUCACAUCUGCCAAGCGUCUGAAAACCACCUGUAUGGCAAGCGCCUGCUGCAGUGCGUGCAGGCCGUGGUGUCCGUGGGCCGGGAGGACUGCCGCGGGGCUGGCGAGCCGCUCCUGGAGGUGCUGGUGACUGUCCUGGCGCUGUGGGGGCCCACGGGCCUCGGCGACAAGGUUCAGGAGACGCUGGCCGAGCUGGCUGCAGUGGAGGGCAUGGACAGCAGCCAGGACCUCUUCCGAGCACGUGUGAGCCCCCUCCUGGAGUGGCUGGCUGCCUCGCACCGGGCCUGGACCGGCCACUCCGUGGAGCUCCUGCAGUUGGACGUGGUGCUCACCCACUCAGGCCCUGCCCUCGGAGAAGCCCUGCCCCAGCUGGUCCCCAUCCUCAGGAGCUGCCUUCAGCCGGCCAGGGACCCAGCCAUGCGCCUGAAGCUCUUCUCCACCCUGACGGGCGUGCUGCUGGGAGCCCCGGAGACAGUGGAUUCACAGGGGCAGCUCCGCGGCUACCUGGACACCCUGGUCCAGGACAUCUUCGUCCCCAACCUGCAGUGGCACGCCGGGAGGACGGCCGCAGCCAUCCGCACGGCGGCCGUGUCCUGCCUCUGGGCGCUUGUCAGCAGCGGCGUCCUGUCGGACAGGCAGAUACAGGACAUGCAGGAAACACUGAUGCCUCAAAUUCUGACCGCCCUGGAAGAAGAUUCUCAGAUGACUCGAUUGAUUUCGUGCCGGCUCGUUAACCUGUUUUUGAAGACCUCUAAUGGUGUGAUUGAUCCAGACAGAUUCAUCAAGAUUUAUCCUGAACUCCUAAAGCGCCUGGACGACGUUUCCGAUGACGUGAGGCUGGCAGCCACCUCCGCCCUGGUGACCUGGCUGCAGCGUGUCCAGAGCGAGGCCUCGAAGUGCUGCUACCAGAGCAGCGUCCGGCACCUGUACCGCGAGCUCCUCGUGUACCUCGACGACCCGGAGUGCGCCGUCCAGGACGCGGUUCUGGAGGCCCUCAAAGCAGGCAGCGUCCUCUUCCCCGACCUCCUGGUGAAAGAGACGGAGGCUGUCCUCCACAAGCACCGCUCGCCCACCUACUGCGAGCAGCUCCUGCAGCACCUGCAGGCCCUGCCGCAGUGACCAGAGUCCUGGGAGCAGAGCCUCAGCGCAGCAGCGGGAGGGGCCGAUGCGCAGCCCUCGCCUCGCCCGGGCUGGGGCUCGUCAGCAGGAGGGGCAGACGCACAGCCCUCGCCUCACCUCCCCUGGGCUGGGACUUGUGGCCUCUGAGUCUCGUCACAGGGCACCUGUCUGCCAGCAGCGGAGGACCCUCCCAAGCAAGCCUUGACAGCAGGAAGAAUGUAUUCCCGGAGCGCCCUGCCCAGUGCCUCCCGGGACAGGUUUUCACAUCCAGCAGUUUUUGAAAUAACUUCACUGAGUGGCUUCUGUAUUUUUGUGUCUUACUCAUACAGUUCAUUAAGAGGUCCGCCAGAAAUCGAUGGCUGACUUCACAUUAAGUGUCGGCUGCUCAUCCUGGCAGCCUAAUCCACGCGCUGUGUGUUUUUUAGGCUGUGUGUGCUUUGAGGUUCGUGGGUUAUUGGUUCUUUCUUGCUUAAAUGCCCACCAAGAGAGUUCUUGAGUGUUUAUAAAGAAAAAAGUCAGUGAUUAAAAAGAAAUAUUGUUUUAAAAAAAAGAAGAUGAAAUGUUUCUUCUUUGGGUUCUGUCUACUGAAACUUUAUAUCUCAGUGAAGACAGUGAAAAGAACUUGAAAUGUUAAGAACUAUCAUCAGCAAAGUCUUCCCCUUUAAAAAUGCCAUGUGGGUUGUAUUUGGUCACAGUGUUUUCUCUUAGAUCAGUAAUGCUGACAGUGCUGAGAAUAGGAUAUUUAAUCAGAUAUAAUUCUGGUUGCUCUUGUACGUAGCAGUGCAGUAAAACUGUGUUAUAUUUUCCUGCACUUUCUAUCUCCAAGUGCCUAAAAGAUUUCAUUUUAAGCAUUAUUUCCAUAAGCCAAAUAUUUAUGUUAACACAAGAAA